AUGAUCUCUCAACCUGCUAUCAUCAAAGGGCCUCAAACCUUUACAAUUUUCAGCCUGAUUUUCGUUUUAUUUCUGUACUCGAUCCAAAGUCAAAACACUGGUGGCGAUGUUCCUCUGGCUGCUAAACGAUUUCCUUGGCCUAAAAUUCCGUAUCAAGCUGAUACUGGAAAUGGCGAGAGAGGAACUCAAUCUGGGUACAAUAUUUGUAAUGCUACUACUCAGACUCAAGACUCUAAAUGUCAAACAGCUUGGUUAGACUCGAUUGAUGGGUUUUGUUUAUGGGGAGCUCAAGCUCCAAAUUCAAUUGUAGGAGAUAUUGAAGGUGAAGCAGUUGCAUAUUGUACCAAGAAGAAAUACGGAGCACGUAUGAUUCCAGCAGGUGCGAUCCAAGGGAUUCAAUUGACCAGAACCCCCGGAUAUAUUCAAAUAGUAGGACAGAUCGAUCAAACCGUGCUGAAUCUCAAGUCAACUGAUCCAGGAGGAGAAUUAGAUCCACAUGGUGCAGAUCUCAGAGGGAAUCCGUUGGGAGGUUUAGUGUAUUCAACCGCUUUUGGAAAGAAUGCUACUGGUAGUGAUCCAAUCCAAGUGAUUGAAUGGACAAGUUUUGUCGGAUCAAAUACGUUUUGUUUCAAAGCAUGUGAUCCAGCCGGACCUGAUGCAGCUAAAUUAUGUGAACAUAUCUAUGAUCGAAUCGGUUGUGAAUAUAAUAUGCCAGCAAAUUAUGCUGCAAUCAAAGGAACCUUUCAAUCAUGUAAAGGUGUCAAUCAAUUACCAGUAGGUGUUUAUAUAGAAAAUGGAGUACAAAAAACUUGGUCUCAACCACCUGAAUCUGCUGGACAAAUCAAACUUAGUGAUAUUCCAUAUAAACCUUGGAUCCCUACUGUGACAGAUUGUCAAUCUUAUGAUCCAGCCACAUUGUUCAACGAACUACCAAGUGCUCCUACAUCGCCAAAACAAACAACUAUAAGCAGUGAUCAAACCGUUUCAAUCACAAAUAACACAGGGAUAAGCAGUGAUCAAACCGUUUCAAUCACAAAUAACACAGGGAGAGAAAUCUCACGUGCAAAAUCAGAUGGUGUAACUUUAGUUCUUUCACGUACGAUCAUCCUGAGUUCCUUUUGCGCCAGUUUUAUUGGAAUUGGUUUCUCACUCAUUCUUUGA